AGUGCCCUAGGGCCCUUUUGAUAUAAUGAAGAUCGCCCGGAACACCUUACCUCAUGCGUAGAAAAGGAGCAUAAGUAAUCCCUUUGAUAUAUCAAUAGUUACUUUUAUGAUAUCUGCUAGAGAACAUGUACAAGUACAGUAAUCGGAAAUCAUUGAAUCGCUUCCAUAUCCUAUCAUCCCCGCUUUCUAGGUAGUUGUUCAAGAAAUUGACAUUCUACUUGUUUUUGGUGAAUCGAAGACACGACAGCAACAGCUUAAAUCUGCUUGACAUUCUGCUUGUUUUUGUUGAAUCGAAGACACGACAGCAACAGUUUUCCUAUUUCUGGCUUUCUGAAUUGGGAAAAGCAUGUCAUUGAUCUACUGCUGACUACAACUCUACUUGUAGCUCAAAAUGAAAAACUAGCAUCUACUGAUAUUUUUACUUCCAUCCAAUGCUAAUGCGAGAUUUGUUUUUAGGAUAAUAAAUUCCAAAAUGUUGAGUUCGACUCCAUCAAGUCCCCCACAAGCAGACUGCUCCCGUGGGAAACCACCGAGAGUGCGGGUUGAUGUGUACAUGCUUUCCGGGGAGUGCAAGAGUUUUGAGGUGGAAGGUAAAGUCUCUACGAAAGCAGGGUCGUCAUGGUUCUUCGUCACGUCACUUGACGAUCUAAAGGGACGGAUCGAAGAAGCGACGUGGGUGCACCGCGAGCAGCAACUGAUUCUUGAUAUAUGGAUGAGAAGUCUGUUCUUUCUUGUUUUUCGUAUCCUAAUGUUUUUAACGCAGGUGGAUUAACAUUUUAUUUUGCGCUGGAGGAUUAACAUUUUAUUUUGCGCUCAUUCCCCCAUUCUUUUUAAUGCAGUCUCAGUCCUCUGUCAUCAGUUUGAAUGUUGUGAGCCUUCGACUUUUCACUAUACGCUUAUUUUUUCUCUGCAGAAAGAAAGUGGUGGAGAAAAAAUACUUAUACUUAUAGAAAACAACUAGAACAUCUUCGUUCAUAGACGGACGCAGGGGAGCCAGUCGAUUGUGACGAGUCAGUAAGGCGUUUGUUUAACGAAGAAACAACUACAGAUGCCCCGCCAAGCUCGUCCGUUCUUUCGCUACCGUCUUCCGAUACGGGCAGUUCUUCGUCGUACUGGCCUCCGGAAAUUAGAAAAGGUGUCGAGCUGACGUUGUGCGUUACUACCAGAAAUUCGAAAGAAGGUGAAGGACGUACAAAACGUGGUCGCAGAAGGUUGUCUGGUAGAAGGUUUAGGCUUUGUGAAAUGUUGUUAGAAAACCAGGACUUCUUCAACACGAAGAUAAUGGAUGAGGUGAAAGCUCCGACAGUGAGAUUGAAGCUCUACGUGGAAGAGUUUUUCGACGAGAUUUACCACACAGCGGAAAUAUGUUGCGGCGACGAGC